AUGCCAUUAGAUUAAUGGGAAAUAGCGCACCUUUACAGAGUGGUAGUUUUGAGACAUUUGAAUGGUCAAGCAUAAUGGAAAAUUAGAAGACAUCCUCAUUUAACUACUUUGCCUGAUACUGUACUUGAAUUAGAGAAUGAAUGA